CAGAGGGAAGGGUGGCUCAGUGAAUCGUAUCCGUGUCACGAAUGCGCGCGUCUGCUGCACUCCAUCCCCUCGCUACCCCUUCGCGGUCAGCGCGAAAGAGGUGAAUGCAGUUGGCCGUCAUUUUGCAAUCUGUUCAGACGCCAUUCAGAUGCGUUCGACGAGAGUCCGAUCCGUCGCAGUCGCGAAAUUUAUCUGCGGAGCUACGUAUCGUAUCUUAUCGUCUGCCACGAUGUCAAUGUGCGCAGGGUGAUGCUGUUUAUCGCGAUAACGUCUUAACGAGACGUAACAGACCAUCUCGAAAGGAAGAGAGACCUUCUUCUCACUCGCCUCGGCAAGAUGGUACAAGUGUUUCCUUGACUCAUCAUCAUGCAAAUGAUGUUAAUUAUUAUGAUGCAACAAUCAACAAUAGCGAUAAUAUAAAUCCUCUGGAAAAAUUUUAUCUAAUCACUGAACAAAAGUGGCGUAAGGAUACACUAGUGCCAAUCUCCUUAUUGCCCUCUACGAAGGGAAUGCCUACGAGAUCCCAUCACAGAAUCCGGCAGUCCGUGACAGGACUGGAUGAUGCUGGAAUGGAUCUCCAAGUGGCCCAACUCAAUAGUCAGACAGACAAGGAAGUACAUUCCAGGACGACUUUAUCAUGGCUAGAUUGGCAUUUGCCUUACUUUGUAGCGCUUUGUGCAAUCGCUGGCACUAUUCUUUUUACAUUCCUAAUCUUGUUAUGGCUGCGAAAACAAAUGUCGCGUGAAAAAGAUAACGAAAAUGGCGAUCGGCACGGUCUGGUCGAGGAAGGUGCCACUUGUAAGCCAGACAAAUCAACUAAAGAUGCAAAAGAAUCCGUGGAAGCUAAAUGGGUUCACGAAGCAGUCGCGAAGCAAUCUGCACCCAAGUACCCGGUACGACCAAUUCCACAGACCUCUUUACCCGAGUCUCUGGCAACGCCCGAACGUAAACCGGAAGCGAUACGUAUGAAAGCAAAAGGAUUGUUGGAAAGACGUGGUUCGAGCACCAGUUUAACCAUAGAACUGGCACCAGCUCCUGAAAGUCCGCCACAUAUGGUUACUCCUACCCGAGAAUGUACAACGGAAGAGUUUUUGCUAAGUGCAGGAAAUGUAUUAUCGAGGGCACAAUUGAAAAAAGUUAUCGAAAGUACGGGAACAUUACACAAAGAAUUUUGGGAGGUGCCACUAAAUCUACCGGAAAAGGUGGAUAUUUGUGGCUCAGGAGUGAAGAAUCGAUACAGCUCUGUUUUGCCCAAUCUACAAACGAGAGUGAUUCUACCAGGUUCCUCCGACGAUCUGCUCGCCGGUUACAUAAACGCUAACUACAUCCGGGGAUACGAUGGCGAAAAUGCUAGAUACAUCGCGACACAGGGACCAUUAGCUAACACGAUAGAAGACUUCUGGAAAAUGAUCUGGGCAGAAAAAGUUCCUGUAAUCGUCAUGAUAACUAGAUUGUACGAAGUGUCCAAACCAAAGUGCGAAGCGUAUUUUCCCUUUGACAUAAAUAAUCGCUUACAAGCUGGAUCUUUCACAGUUAUCGUUAAUUAUAUCGAUACGAGAAACGGAUAUACCGUCAGAACUAUGGAGAUUCGACACGAAGGAGAAAGGAGACAUUUGCAACACUAUUGGUAUGAUUCAUGGCCGGACCAUGCUGUACCUCAAACUGCAGAUGCGCUCGUUAGUAUGGCCGCAGAGGUAAACGCUUCGCCAAAACCAGUGGUCGUCCACUGCAGCGCGGGUAUAGGACGAACUGGUUGCUUCAUAGCGAUAGGAAUAGGAAUGAAUCAACUUAUAAGGGACGGAAAUAUCGAUAUAUUGGGUAUUUUGUGCCAGAUGAGAUACGAUAGGGGAGGGAUGGUGCAAACGGCGGAACAAUAUGAAUUUAUUCAUAGAGCACUUUAUCUUUUCGAGCAGACACUGGAAAGCAAACCGUCGACUUCGAGCGACUGAAUGAACAUAUUACUACUACUAUUACAGAUAUUUCUUUCGCUUAUUCUUUCGUGAAACGGGGCUUUAUUAUUGCCUAAGAGAAUGUCACUUCGCGCAGAGCUAUAUGCUUACUGCAAAAAAAAAACAUAAAUUUCUAAUGAAUCUCGAUGUCAGCCUGUGAACCGACGCUCUCAUUUUUAUCUCAAUAUUUCAACGAGUUCAAACUCGUUUAAUAAGCUGCCAUUUUCUACUGCCAUGACAAAUCGUUGACAAUUGAUAUCAAUCAUCACAGAGCUCAAGAGGUAAAAAAAAAAAGGGUUCACCGUCGGAGUGCAUUUUCUAUAAGCAGGUGCUUUUUAAAACUGAGAUAUCACAAAUAGGUUAAUAAAAAGAAUAUUUAUGUUUAUAACAACGCGCGAUAUGAAUCGUGUGGCACGUACGCUUAAAAAUUAAUAUUAUAUUAUUUUAUAUAAGUUAAUGAAUAUAUAGUAUGAAAAUAUAAAAUA